UCUCAUCUCCCCCACUCUCGAUUUCGCCCGUCAAAAACAGAUCUUCCGCGGCGCCUUUCUCCAAAUCUACCAUCCCACCGAUCGACUUUCGCCUCCUCUCAGAAACAUUGUUAUCAAAACAAUCUGGGUUUUCAAAUUGAAAAUCCUUCUUCACAGGGGGAGAGAACGUGGAUUUAACGUGUAGCUGAAUGCUGUUCUGCUAAUUACAUGCAUCCACCGUACUGGGUACGUGCGAUAGAGCUGUAGAUAUUAUUUAGAAGAGAGGAUUUUGGCGAGGUGGGAGAAGAUUUCGCAAGAUGUCUAGUCAGCAGGUGGCGGAAGUAAAGACGGCGACGAUUUUGUCAUGCAUGACCUGCCCACUCUGUGACAAGCUCUUUAGGGAAGCGACCACCAUAAUCGAAUGUCUGCAUACAUUUUGCAGGAAAUGCAUAUAUAAGAAGCUUGAUGAUGAGGAACUAGAAUGUUGUCCAAUAUGCAAUAUAGAUUUGGGUUGUGCCCCAUUGGAAAAGCUAAGGCCUGACCACAGUCUGCAAGAUAUGAGAGCUAAACUCUUUCCUUUCGAUAGAAGAAAAAUGAAGGCACCUGAACUCGUGCAUUCAAUUACAACAUUACCUGCAAAAAGAAAGGAAAGAUCGCUCUCAUCUCUGGUGGUUACUCCCAUAGUAUCAUCAUCACAUGGCCAAUUGACAGGAAAACGUUCCAAACCUGUUGGUAGAAAAGCAUCUUCCUCACGGUUCACAAGUGAGAAACAUGCUAAGAAAGUGGAUGAUUAUAUUGAAGAUGAUGAAGAGAGCAGCAGCUCUCCAGAGAGCAUAGACAGAUCUACUCAGCAUUUUAGACAGAAUUCUGUUGCUGAAACAUCUAGACAGUCCUUACUGGAAAAAGAAACAGAAAAUAGUGCUGAAUCAAGAGAAGUAAAAGUUGAUCUUUGGAAAUCAUUGAAUUGUUUGGUGGAAGCUGCAAAUAGGACUAAAUUCUCAAACUAUCAAGAGUCUACUGAUAAAACUGAACCCCUUUAUAUCCAUAAUAACAACGAUGGACAAUCCUGGAGAUCUAAAGCCAAAUUUAAAGUCCCUGAUGAUCCCGUGUCUUUGGAUUCGGUACAACCUAAAAAGUUGCGGAGAAUUCAACCCAAAAAGGCUGCAGCUUCGGCUCGAGACAUGUUAGAUUCUAUCAGUGGUACAGUUGAAAGAAGGAAUAGCCCUAUAUGGUUUUCCUUAAUGCCUGCCGAAGGCCGGGAUGGGCUUGCAUUACCACAGAUACGUGCCAGAUACUUAAGAAUCAGGGAUGGGUCAAUGACUGUUUCCUUUAUCAAGAAGUACAUCGCUAAGAAACUAGAUCUUACAAGUGAUGUUGAGGUUGAAAUCAAAUGUAUGGGUCAGACAGUGAUCCCAACAUUGCAGCUGAAUCAUUUAGUAGAUUUAUGGGUUCAAAGUAUGCCAACAUCCAAAAGUGUACCGGCCUUGAUUGGUUCAUCUGCCAAGGAAUUUGUCAUGGUCUUAACAUAUGCCCGUCAAGCUCCCCCUUCUUAGAGAACAAUUUUUUCAAAACUAAUCAUCUUUUAUCGUCAAAUAUGGGUCAUAGCUAUUGAUCAAAGAGUUGGUUACAAUUCCUUUGUUUUAUUGUUUUUCUAGUCUGACAAGUAAAUUUACUAUUUCAGCACAAAAAAAG